UCAGUAGCAGGAGCCAUUUCUGACUGUUACCUGUUGGACAAAUGUGCAUAUUAUUUAAUAAAGUACUCUGACGGCUGCCGACUGUGUCAACACACACUGAACAUUGAGGAGACAUGGAAGCUGUGCUGGGAUUGAUGGUGAUCCUACUGGGAGUGUCUCAUGGUGUGGAAACUUACUGUGAUGGCAGACAGGAUGGAGCUCAGUGUUAUGGAGCUUUGGGAGGAACUGUGGACAUCCAGCUCAUGGACAGCACCUCAGAAAUACCUAGAUACCAACUGUUCAAGAAUUCAUCAAGAAUACUAAAUUGGAUAAAUAAUAAGGUUACUUCUAAUACCAUGGCACAUAGAUCUAGCUUUUUCCCCAGUAAUCGAACAUUUAGGAUCAAUAACCUGAGCAGGACAGACAGUGGUAAAUAUACCCUUAAAAUCUUUGGUUCAGAUGGAGCAUCAUCAAGCGUGCGGACUUUACAGUUGUUCAUUCAAGCUCCUGUGUCCUCUGUCCUGCUGGUCUCUGAGUGUCUGUCCCAGGAAGAGAUGAGGGUGUCCUGCUCCUCUGAAGGAGGGGACAGUCCUCAGUAUAGCUGGGCUCUGGAUGGACGCACACUGACAGAUGCUGAGCUCCUUUCUGGAAAUAAUGAGACUAACAACAUCACUCUGAAACAGCAAGUCUCAGGACAUCUGGUCUGCUCAGUGAGAAAUCAUGUCAAUAGUGUCUCCAAAGAACAGAAGACCUGUAGCUUCAUUAACUGUACCUCAAUCAAUGGGACACAGAUAUUAGGGUGGGUGCAUGCAGACAGUAACAGCCUGUGUAUUGAACCAACAACUGAACCUACACCAGUCACACCAACUGCAGUGGGUACUUCCUGGUUCAUAUUUGGUUUGAAAGCCGCUGUGGUAAUUCUGUCAUUAAGUGGGAUUUGGAUCUGGUUCACUUGGAAGAAAAAAACAAUAUUGGAAGGCCCUGCUGUCCCAGAAAAGGUGGAAUCUCCAGAUAACUCUGUUUUAAUGAUUGAAACGAGUCCUUGCUCCAACACCUAGUGUCACCUUUCACCUGCU